AGAGAGAGAGAGAGCGAAAGUCAAGGAGGGAGAACGAACGCGUAGAAGUAGAAUACGCCGAGAUACUAUGCAGUAAUUCGAUGCAUUUAGUUGCAUUUAGUUGUCGCGUGAGUGAGUGUGAUUGUUUUUUCUUCGAUGAAUUAGGAUAAAUAUGCGCUGGCUAAUACGUCUGUGUAUCCUCGCGAUUUUGCUGGUGCACAGCAUAGAUGCGAACAGCAAGGAGCUGGAGGAAGUGCCAUUAAGCAAAUUCGGCGCAAAGACAGGGCCGACGUUAAGAUUCUUUUACUGCUACUCAUGCGGCUAUAGAAAAGCCUUUGAACAAUAUGUGAAUAUUCUUAAGCAAAAGUAUCCGGAACUUCACAUCGAAGGAGAGAACUUUACUCCACCAGGUUACAAAAUGUUAUUUGCGAAAAUACUGGGAACAUUGAAAAUAUUGGUAAUUGUCCUAAUUGUAAGUGGAGUCGACUUUGGAUUGCCCUUAACAUCAGUAUGGCAAUGGUGUAUAAGCAAUCGUUUUUAUUCUUCUGUAUUGGUUUUCUUGCUUUGUAAUGCAAUAGAAGGUCAAUUGAUAUCAUCAGGAGCAUUUGAAAUACAUUUUAAUGAUGUUCCUGUUUGGUCAAAACUUGAAACGGGCAGAAUACCUCAACCACUUGAAUUGUUUCAAAUUAUUGAUUUCCACUUAGGCAUGCAGUUUUCAGAUAUGGACGUUGGAAAGAUCAAAUUUCACACAUAAAACCUAAUUUUAUUUUAUAUUUGAAAAUUAAUGUAAUUAUAUACCAUGCCACACAGGAAGUUUGUUACUGGUGUAAUGUGAUGAAAAUAUGUACAAUAUAUUUGCUAAGUAAGUAAACUCUUUAAUGUACAUUUCUUAUCAUAGAUUACAUAA